UAACAAAGGAGAACAUUGUCAGUAUUGGACAUUUAUGAGAACUCGGGUAUACCAUAAAGUCCAAUAAAGAUGAAUUGGGGAGAGAUUCUCAUCUAAACAUAACUUUUGGGAGCAAGUAAGAAUGGCACACUAGUGAUCACUUUUUUGGUAAAUGCAUCUAAAUGCUUUUGUUUAAGAUCAUUUUGCCUAAAGCAAUCCUAGUUUUCCUUCUCUUUGACAAAUUUCCUUAUUGGAGUAAAUAGUCAAGGAUAUUAGAUGCAGAGCAGCACUCUUUCUGCAGAAUUUGAUGUAUUACUUGGUUAAAAUCUGUUUUUUUAAAAAAAGGCUUUGUUCUAGUCUUCUUGCAGGGCCUCUCUUAAUCUAGACUAAGGCAAAGUAAUCAGCCCUAUCUGGGCAUGUCUGUGAACUGUUUGUGGGAUUGAUCUUGCCCGAGAAAACAAAUAUUUCACACAUUGAUUGGACUCGGGUAGUGGGGGAGGGGACAGUUAUAGCAGUUAAGUAAAGGAGAGUUGGGAAUGAUUUGGAGGAGAAGGCUGUAAAAUUCAAAGCUCCAAGAUGAUUGGCUCCUGCCAGGUCAUCUUUGUGACUUGUUGGCUGCAGUGGAAAAUAGCAUGCUUGCUUCUGUGGGAUAAGGUAUUUUCUGUGCUUACUUUGAUAUCAUGGUACAAAUCCAUGUCCUAAGCACAAAGUAGGAAAUAGUUGAAUUGUUGAUGAACUUAGUGGUAUAACCUGUAGUAAAUGGCAUUGAUGUGGAUGUGAAAAACCUUCAGUUUCUCUGGGGAAAUGUAGAAGUUUUGCGUUGUAAAUCAAAUAAGCUGUACUGAAUUAAAAAAAAAAAAAUCACUUCUAUUUAUUACUGGGACUUGCCAUGUUAGUGUGUUACUUCUGCGGAAGCAGCUCAUUGUUCAGGUGGCAAACUGACCAUGAUCAACCUGUCCAACCAGGGGAUGUUUCCUAUCCUCAGUGCAGUGAAACCCACCUAGUACAGAAGUCUAAUUCUAAAUUGAAAUAUUUUUUGUGGGGGGGAGAAGGGCAGGGGGUUAAGUUGCAAUAGGUACUUGAAAGAGAAAUCGACUAUCAAAUUGUUUCUCUUGUCCAGUUCCUUUAUUUUUGGUUACUGGGGUUUUAAGAGCAGGAUAUCCUUAUAGCAAGAUCCUUGUCUUUAGAGUUGUAUAUAGUUUUGCUGUCCUGGAAAACUACAAGUAUUCGAGGGCCCAUAUGUCUUGCCUAGCUUCUGUCACAUUGUGAACAUGAGUCUGGAGAAAGAAGGUACUGCUUUGCAAAUUUUUCAAGAUGCUGGCAGACUUCUUUGUGCAAAAAUUGCUAUAGUUUGGCCCUUUGUAUGUUUUGCUCAAGUUGAGUUUGUAUUGUAUCUCUCUUGCGUACAGUAUGUUGUCCUUGGAGAAAGCGAUGCUAGUGAGCCUUGGUAUAGGGUGUUACAAGAUAAGUUAGCUGUUUACUUUUAACUACCAUCUUUGGCAUUUCAAAUGUUAACACUGCAGAAAUUUCCUUGAAGUCAAGACCUGUGAUCUUUAUGGUGACAGCCCUCAAAAUAAAGACUGAAAUCUGUCACUGCCUUGUUACUUUGCCAAGUACAUAAUAACACUCCUGACAGUGCUCCAGCUUGGUUUCUUUGAAAGUGCUAUAAUAAUCCCAGAAAAUGGUGCUCUGACCGUUACAGACACUGAAGAGAGAGAUGUGAAUAAUUUGUUAGAGUUUUGCAUCAAGUCAAGGUUUGAAAGCAGGCUUUAGUUUCAAGAAGUUGCUUUCAUUUUUUUUCCAACAGAACAGUAUUUCUUUAUACAACUGAAUGUGUAACUUAGUAUGCAGAGACCAGGAUAAUGACAAGCCGCAAGGAAUUGACAUUUUACCCAAACUUCUGCUGGGCAUGCCAAAGUUUGGCAGAUAUAAAAGAUAUUAUACAACUAGAAGCUUAUGGAACUUAGUAUAGGGAAUCAUUCCAGAGCAGAAUGAACACACGUGUCCAGUUAAUCUUGCCCCAACACAGUUUUGGAUUAGGCUGGUAUUUUCCACUUGAUGUAGUUUGAAGCAACAAAGUCUAAUCAUGGACAUUUUGGCAGGUGGAGAAGCUUUUGGUAACGUGUUCAUGCCAGCUGCCAAAUUCUAAUUGUAUGUUCAGAGAACUAUAAAUUGUUACUCGCAAUUGUUCAGAACAAGACCUAUUGAAAUUCCUGCAAAUUCUGUGCAGAGCAGAUUUAAUAGCAAAGCCGGCUUUAGAGCUGGCAAUGUAGCUGAAUCAGAAGGGUGAGUGUCCAAUGACCUCUUCAUUGGAAGGUUCUGGCGUGCGCUUUCAUGAUCACCCUCUGCUGUGCAAAGCUCUGAGUGCUGCUGCUACGUGAUUGGUGCCAUCCUUACUAUGGCUAAUACAUGAUCCUCUUAGAAUCUGUCCCCUGCUGCAGGGGCCAAACCCAUCAGGUGCCUGCAUUCAGUUUCUAAGGCCAGAUUUUAUGUCAUUUAUUUUAAGCUAGUCUAUCUUCAAGUCUUUACUAAAUGCAUUUCUGUCAUGUUUGUUCAAACGCUCGCUUUCAGUAAGCAUGCCAGCCAAAUUUCCUGUGGUUAGCUGCUGGCUAUUUUCUUAGGGUUGUGUUGUAAAGGCCACGGACUUAAUUUGUUAGCAAAUUUCAGUUACCACUACAGGCAUAUAGAUAUGCAGGAUAUAUACAUCAGUAAGUUCUUAUUUCCUAAUGCAGAACCCAAGUAUCCUAUUGGGGCACUUGCAAACAUUUGGUUGGCUUCAGAUCGUGAGUUGCCUUCCUCGGUAUAAAGUAGAUUAAUGCUUGUACUUAAUUCUGGAAAUAGGAAUUUUGCGUAAGUGCUUAGAUAUUGAAUUGCUUUUCAUUCUUAAGUGUUUAGUUCCCUGCUGGCUAAAUUCCCCACGUUACUUGCAAUUUAUUCUGCUCUAGGAUUUUAAGGAAAUCAAUUUGUCCUUCAGUGAACUUUUGAGAGCAUCCUGUACUAUGUUAUCUCGGCCUUUCUGGCUCUGGAGAAUUGGUACAGGAUUAUUGAUUAUCUACGUAUCCAGCAGCUUACCUUUGGAAGUUAUUUCUUCCCUUCCAUUAAAGUAUUUAAUGGCAGAAACUAGCUAGACCUGGGAGAGAAGCAUUUGAAGUAAAGUGUGAAGUGUUUAGUGACUGACUUAAUAGAUUUCAUAGACAUUAAGGCUGGAAGGGACCUCAAGAUCCAUCGGGUCUACCCUCCAUCCCAAAGGGCAGAUUUGCUGUAACUAAACCUUUCAGCACCAGAGGUUCAUAGUAACAUUGGGUUUUACAAGGCUGAUUGGUUUUCUAAUGGCUUUAGUUCUAUGAUUUAGUAUGAUUCCUAUUUUUGGCUAGACAGGGCCUCUUUAAAAUGCUUAUAAGUAAUGGUGGUAGACAUUUAAAUGGCUUAGUGCUAUUUGCAUGGUUUAAAUCCAGCUAGUCUUGCUGGCUAAUUCAUGGAGAAACAGCAUGUGCUCAGCUGUUGGCACUUCAUUAAGGCUUUAGCCAAAAGACCUUUUCCCCUAUUACAAGAAGUUUUGUGAAUGACAGCAGCCCUGAAACUGACUGUAGGUCCUAACAGCACAGCACUGAAGCUACUUGAGUUGGGCUAGAAGGAUUAAUAGCCCUAGGAUAUUUUGGGCAACCAGCUACUAUUCCCCACUCCCCCCUCCAAUGUGGCUUAGAUCAGAAGUUCUCAAACUAUGGUCCAUGGACCACCACUGGUCCACGAACUCCAUUCAGGUGAUCCAUAGAAAGGUGACCUAAGGUGAAAGCUGACAAACAUUAGACCCGACUUCCCAGAACUUUGCUCAAAAAAAACAGGCACAUCCAUCACAUUAGAAAGGUAAGACUACUGAUAUUAAAAUAUGAGUUUUGUGUGCUUUGAUUUGUAAAACAAAAAGAAGUUUAUUAAGUGGUCUGCUGAGACCCUCAGUAAUUUUCAAGUGGUCCAUGAAAAAAAAAGUUUGAGAACCACUGGCUUAGAUAACACUUCAGUGUUUAGACUUCUCCCUCACAUUGAAAGAAUGUGAUUAUUUUUUUUUUUCUUACUGAUGCCCCCAUAUCCCACCUGAGUUAAAUAGGAUGCUGCCUAAGAGUGCAAAAGAUGCAGGGUUGAGCCUACCCUUGCACUAUGAUAGUGGUCUAAUAGUUGUCAUUGGGUCACAGGGUAUGUUUUUAAUUUUAGUGCAGCUCUUUUCACUUACGACUAUAAUACAAAGCAGUUAUGGUUCACCUUUAUGCAAUCAAUAGGACUUGCUGUCACUUAAUUUUGCAUGAUCAGCUGCAAGGUACAACUUGGAUCGGUGGUUUCUUGGAUACUUCUGUCCUGCUUGAAACAAUAUUCAUGGGCUGAAGCAUCUUAGUUUUCAAUAGAUCUGUUACCUUGAAAAUCACAAGCUCUUGUGUAAAGCCCUAGAGGGUAGCCCAGGGCUGAUGUUUUGAAUACGCUGCCUUUGCCAAACACUGCAUGUAGUUUAAAUUCUUUUUGCCUGGCAGCUUUUGACUUAGCAAGUUGCUGUUCAGCACAGUAGGGCAGUACUUCCUGCUAUCUGAGACUGACUGUGCACUCCUUGCUCCCAAGAGCCUCUGCUAUAUUCUGAAUCUAACCAAAAAUUAGUAAACACCUAUAAACCCCUACAAGAAUCUGUACUGUAAUGAACUGUGUAACUUUCUUCUUGCUGUAUAAAAACCCAAUAAAGACAUUCAAACCUUGCUAGCAUUUUGUGUUCAACUUAGAAAUUCAUUUUUUGUCUAUAAGAUGAACUCAGAGGUCUUAGCAAGAAACACAUAGCAAUAUAAAGAUGCAGUAGCUUCAGUAAGUCUUGAGAUAAAAUAUUUUGUGACUGGAUUGUUUCAUUAUAAGUUUCCACAAAUCCCCUGCAAAUAUUAGCUGCAGUCUUUUGCCAGUGGCUGCUUUAACCACUGGGGGGUAGCAUAACAUCUUGAUCCAUAGCCUAGCUACUUUCAGUAACAUCUCAGUGAGGUCAGAUGUGAGCUGUACAGUGGGGGAUAGCAGGUGCUGUCUUAAGCUUAAUUAAUUUCUGUGCUGCUGCCUGCAAACAUGCUCGUUAGGUCAGAAAAUAAUUCUCCACAAUGAACAUGAGACCACAGGAAGAAAUAUAUCCAGUAUCUUGGUGCCCAGGGAUGUCCAGUGCAAAUCAGAGACUUGAAUUGUGGUCUUUUGUACCAAGUGAGUUUUCCACCUAUUGGAGUAUUUGGAAGAGAAGGGCCUCAUCCCCUGUGGUUUUGCCACAAGGGCACAUGUUGAAAAUGGGUACUGACUCUCUUUUUUUAGCAUUUUUAUAGGUAUUGUAUCCAAUCACCUUUUUCCCAUCAAACUGGCUUGAGAAUACAUGUGUGCUGGACACAAACUGAAAACAUACAGGUCAGGACUGGUCCAAAAAAGCAAAGAAGGUGCAUUUUGUCUUGUAAAGGUUUGAAAUGGAUGGACUUCACAAAGAAUAAAGCAGGCAGAUUUUUUAAAGCAAUUUGUAAUAAAUGAAAGCCUGUGACCUCUCUGUUUAAGGACCAAUGGCUUGAGAAGUCGCUUCAGCUGAGACGGGGAUUAACGGAGAGAAGAGGGAAAUGAACUCAACAACUUGAAAGCAGGAUCUUUCAGGCAGUGGGAAUGCUGCUGGCCUCUGAUUUUUGCUGGGCAAGUAUUCAGCCUAGUAACUGCUGGGAGGAAUAGCUGUCUCCUGAAUGCUGUCAGAUGCUGCUAACAGCCAAAGAGCUGGCCUCUUCCCUAUUUCUAAUAUCUCAAAAGCAGUCAGUCUUCAGUCUGGAUGGCUGGAGAAGAAAGAUAAGGAGGAAUGGGAGCAAACCCCAUGGGAUUAACCAGUGCUGCAGGCCAUUGUCAUUACCAUGAGGCUUGGUAAAUAGUUUGUUGUAGCAACAGGGUCAGUCACAACAGUUAAAUUCUAGUCAAAGUUAGAAAGUCUGUUACAUGCAAGUUCAUUUUUUCUCUUGGAAAAAUGCAGGCUGCGACUGCAGCCUUUGGAGGAAGACACUAGAGUUCAGCACGGGUCUGAAGUCCCAGUGCUUUGUACUGUUUACAGUCAAUCUACCCCUGUGUGUUGUGGGUGUGAAACACUACCGCUCAAAUGUGGGAGUACUGUUUGCCCAGCCUGCGGGUGUGUGCCGUAGAAAACCUGGUUCCAACCGCAAAGCAUACUUGUUACAGCGGGAGACUCCUACCAACAGCAGUUUAAAGCAAGUUGCAUCUAAAUCUACAGGAAGUAGUGGAGAAGCUAUCUAGCUAUCUGAAAGCACAGAGCAUCCAAUUCGAAACAUUGCUGUGUUUUUAUAUGGAAAAGACCAAAACAAAGCCAUUGUUGUCAGCCCAUUUGGAACAUGCAGCUGCUCAGCUACAUUUAUAAAGUCCCUUAUUUCUCCCCACACAAUGGAAGAGGUUGUAAGUUGUGCUUAAAUAGUUAUGCAAAUAUUUGCUUAAUUUUAUAUAUUUUUUAAAGGUGUGUGCCCCCUCAAAAAAAGGCUGCUGGAAAGCACCUGAAUAGCUGAGCAGUCUGGCAUUGCAUGAAAACUGCCCAGUUAAAGUGCGUGCUGCUGUGCCAUGCCUCAGAAGAACAUUGAAUGUUAUACAAUAAACUUCCUUUUGUAGCAACCCUUUGAUAGGCUCUCCCCGUGAUCAAGUAAUAAGCCAAAUGCUAGUCCAUGUCCUGCUUCUAGGGUUCUUCAAGUAUCUAUGAUGCUUCCAGUUCAGCUUUCCAUACUUGGAGUUUGGAAAAAGACUCAUAGAAGCAAAUACUUUUUUUAUUUGGACCAUAUAAUGGCUUAUAUGCCUCUGAUUUUCUUGAUGCUUGCUUUGCCAGCAUAUUCCUUGUCCCAAAAUUGGUGAUCUGUUUCAAUAAUAGAUGUUAGAAAACUGCCACAUCUCUACUCAGUUAUGUAUUUAUAAAUCCUUGGUAUGACAUUCUGAGCACUGCAAUUAAACUGUUAAAUGGAAGAGCACACACCAACUGCUGAAACUUCCUUAGCCUGACGAAGGGUUUUUGAACCCAAAAGCUUGCUUAAUAACUAUUUUCCAACCAUUUGGGUUGGUCUAAUGAGAUCAAAUUCACCCAAGGAACCUUGUCUGCCUAUCACACUUAAAAAGGCAUUUCUUUUGCUGACCAGCAAGUAUGAAAUUACUGAAGUUAAGUAAAAUGCAUGUGUAGUUGAAUUCAAGGGGGACAUGGGAUGGCAAUCAGAGGUGUCUUAUGAUGUGAUGCAACAAAAAUAAUUUUAACUGCUUUCCUAAAGAGAUCAACUAGGUGUUUGCUAUGUGAGAUGUACUCGCUGUUUCUAACCCAGAGCGCAUGUCUUGUGUCAUCAGGGAAAAGCUCAGAACCAGUAAAUCCAUCCCCUGGUGGUAGGUUCACACAUCCUUUCCAGUGUCUAAAGCAGAAAUUAUAUCUUAAAAGAAGACAAUACUCAUCAGACUGUUUGUACAAGUCCAUCAUGCAAUACUUGUGAUACUCCCAGGCAUCCGAUGGUGAAAGAGGCUGAAAUGAGAAGGGCAAUCUCUCCCAGUGGUUAAGAUAUCAGACCACAGUUUGGCUCAUGGUUCAGUUCUAAUUUCUGCCACUGCCUUCCUUUGUGAUUCUGGGCCAGUCCCUUAAUCUUCCAUGCCUCUUUGUCCAUGUCUGCAAAACAGACUAUUCCUUUGUCCCUUGUCUGCUUCUGAGCUUGUUAUUGAACUCUGGGCCACUUCUUUCUGCCUAUUUACAGCACCUAGGCACCUGAGCUUGAACUUAACGAGGGAUCUCAUAGUAAUGCAAAUCACACUUGCAGAAUUUGUGAGCGUCAUUCAUUUCUAGUACUAGAUUCUUUGCCAGGGGGAAACAGCUUGGUGACGCUGGUCUACAUAGGGCUGUGAGUCAAAGCCUUAAGUGUUGUAGUGGUGGCUGGGGCAAUGCGCACGUUUACUGCGGUUUGAGUCUCUUCCCCUUGCCUGGCAAACAUGGUUGCAUUACAACCAUCUGGGGUGAGUCUGUCAGAGAAGUGAGCUGGCCUCUCUCAACUGAAGGGGGCUGUCCGGCGCUUCAGCGGAUGUUGGGUUUAGUGAUUCAGAUGGUGACAGGAAACCAGAGCCCUGCUUACAAUCCUGAGGAGGAACUCACUCCAGUCUUGCUGGCAGCUUUUGAGAGACAUAAUGCGGAUGGGAAAGCCAGAGAGAGCAGACUGAUGCUGCAGGCUGGACGUUUGCGGAGCAAUGGCUCAAGUGGAACUGCUCUGGGCUGCAGCGUCCUUGAUGCUGCUUGGAGCUCUAGUGGGCAUGUGCAUGAAGUGUCAGCAGUCCGCUGCUAAACGGGAAAAUAAAGAGCUGCAUCAGCAAAGGGGUCGGCAUGGAAACCGGCAGACAUUUGAGGUGAUUCGGACCUACUCAAUUCCAGUGGCAAGGCUUGAACAAAUGAAGUCACCGGACAGUGAUCCAGUUAUACGAAGCUCCAAGGAGUUCCCGACCUCGGAUCUUGACAGAGAUAGCCAGGAUUGCGAGGCUACCUAUGUUGACCCCGUAGCUACAGAUUACUACAACUGUGGGAAGUACUUAAGACCACCAAAUGAGAAAGACCAAGAUGCGCACGCCUACCAAAAUGUGAUGGUCGGUGGGGCGUCCCAGAAUGCAGAGCCUGAUGAUGCAGAUGACUAUGAGAAUAGUGCAGCUAUACAGAUGUGGAAACAAUCAGAGAUGUCAGAAAGUGCGGAGGAUGAUCUUGAUGAGCCAGACUACGUUAACACUGGCCCAGGAGCCCUGCCGAGCUAAAGGUAUCCUGCCUAAAACCUGAAGAAGCUAUUUGCAAAGCUGUAACUCCACGUUGAAGGUGGUGACGUGUACACAUGCAGAGAAAGGGGACCUUUGAUUUGCAAGUAUAAUGGAAUAGACUUUUCUCCAAAGACAAUGUGUGAAGAGUACCACCGAGAUGCUCCUGGAAGGGAACUUAUUGGAUCAAAGGCCUACAAAAACAUGAAAUUGAAAAACCAGAAAAACAGCCCAUAUGGAGAAAGCUGUACUGUUUCUCCAGGGGAUUGUAGCUGAUCAGUGCAGAGCCAAACCAGAGGUUUGUAAUCCUGCCUGGUUUCCCUCCCCCCACACCCACUCUAGGGAGCUGAGGCCUGUCUGCUCAAUGUUUGCUGCUGUCAAGUGUGAAAUGAAUCUUUAAGUCGCUGAGCAGUAAUGCAAUCAGCUAUUUAAUUUGUCAAGCUGACUCGUAUUAAAGCAUAUGGAUUAUAUUUCUUCUCUAAUUUCCAGGCCCUUGUUGCCAACAGCAGGCUGGAACCUUUCAGUCACAAGCCAAGUUUUAAGAAAAGGAGUUUCCCUGCAGUGAUACAAAACGUUCACAAGUGACAAAGGUCCGAGAAAAGCUAUUAAAAACCCACUCUCUGCA